UAUGGCAAAGCGUGCGAUGCUUGUUUUCCAGCUGCAGUCGGGCUAUAGCGAUUUUAUCGAGGUUUGUCUCGAUGUUUUACUAAAUUCGCAGAUCAGCCGGUCUCUGGCGAUGAGUACUGGUGUUCUGUUGAUUAGAAAGAAUUUGUCGUUCAAAAGUGACGGUCGCUUUCCGUUUUCGAAGAUGUAGAACGGGCGAUACAACAGUGAGUAUAACCUCUGUCCGAGUGGAAUUCCUUGUGCUUUUUUACGGUAUUUGUCAAAGAAAUCGGAGUGCAUAUGAGUACGUAUGGGAGUGUUGUUUGCCGUAUUCGCGUAUUGUUACAUGUUUUUGAAUAUUGUGCCACGAGUGCCACGUGUGUUCGAAUGACUCAUAUUCACUUUAUCAACAAAUCAAACGCGAUAAAUGAGUACUUUUGAAGAAUCACUGAACGAUCAGGAUCCUGAUUACGUUUCUGCAGCCUCCAGUAACCAGGCGCAACAAAAGAUCUACGAAGAAAAUGCGAGGAACAGCACCGCGAAGAAGAUAACUGCGAUAAUAGAGAAGGAAUUCUCGCAGGACAUCAAUCAGAAACAGAAGGAGAUCCUGCAGAUACAGGAGAGGCUGAACAAAUCCCUGAGGACCCUGCAUUUCCUGCGCUACGUCAUUAUUACCGACUACUACAACCGCAAGCAAUGCGAGCUGCCGCAGGCUGCUGAGGCAAGCAAGCAAACGAGAAUUCACCCCGCGGUGAAGUCGUUGCUCGGCAAGAGUCCUAAAAUCUUGAACUGUACAGAGCCAGCGGUGCCAUCUACCUCCACGGAUCCUCGCUUUCUGCCGAUCGACGAGGAACCGCUCGUGUCGGAAGGGAAGAGCCCAGCGAACAAGGAAAAUGUCGAAGCGGAUGACAACCGCCCGUCGAACAAGAAGCGGAAACUAUCGGCGGACGAGGAGCGACAGCCGCGCAAGCUGCCGCGGCACGUGCCGCCGAAGAGCAGCGUGCCGGAGUGCAAUGCACGGCCGUCCCGCGGCGACAGGCACAAAGUGUACAAGCGCGUAAUCGUCGGCAACAUUUCCAAGUGGAUCCCGCCCGACUGGCGGGACGGCAGCGAUGCCAGUCACAAGUGGACCAUGUACGUGCGCGGCGACAAGGAGGACGCCGACAUCGGCACCUACGUCAGCAAGGUGAGAUUCUUCCUACACCCGAGCUACCGGCCGCACGACGUCGUCGAGGUUACCUCGCACCCCUUCCACCUAUCCCGACGUGGCUGGGGCGAGUUCCCGCUCCGGGUGCAGCUGCACUUCACGAACGUGUUGAACAAGCCGAUGGACAUCAUCCACCACCUGAAGCUCGACCGCACUUGCACCGGCCUGCAGACCCUGGGCUCGGAGACUCUCGUCGACAUGUGGAUCUACACGAGCGAUCUCUCCCGCGAGAAGAACGAGCCAUCCAUCACGGCGUCCGGGGAUGACGUGCGCGUCAAGGUGGAAUCGCCGAGCGACGACGACGGGGAGUGCGGCCGCGCGGGAUCGCCACUCGCCGAGGAGAUUCGACCGAAGAAGGAACCGAUCGAACCGGGGAUACGCGAGCCGCCAGCAGGCACGGCGCUCGCCGAGAUAUUUACAUCGGAUAUCCGAGCGAGAGCAGCCGAACGAGCGGGCCUGCCUUUCCCCCUUAGCACUGACGAAUCGCAUUCGGAGGACGUAGACAUUUCACAUUUUCACAUCGACCACGACCACUGUUACACGAAGGAGCACUAUUGCAAGCCUUAUCGCAUCGUCAGGGACGGUCACGUGACGACGAAGCACUUUUCGAACAACGCCGCUGUUGGGACUGGCUCAUCGGCGGCGGUCGAAGGGAAGCCCGACGACGCGGCGAUCGCGUCGCACAAGUGCAACGGUGAUAUCCAGCCUUCCAGCGAGCUUCUUCCGUCGUCGACGCUCGCGAGGAACACAGAGGAUGAAUCACUGGCGCCCCGGGUGCCGGCGGGGCCCACGGCAUUCCGGAGGGACGACCCGAGGAAGAACUCGCUCGACCCAAGCGAGUCCCCGAGAGCGACGAACGACGAGGCUCCAUCCGAAGUUUCGGGGAACAAAGACACGACUACGAGCAACGGCUACUGCAAACCGUCCAGCAUGUUCAACCGCCUGUGGAGUCUGCAGAGAGCCGCCGACAAUUCGCAUCUGAAGCCCUUGGAGAUCUCGAUACCACCGUUGUUCCAGCCGUCGUCGGCCAGCAAGCGGAUACUCCUCGUGAAGGACAAGAAGCUGAUCCCGGUGGACGUGGCGAGGGGGACGCUCGACAACGGCGACGCGAAGGCACCUGCCGCGAUCCCUCAGCGUCCUCCCGUGAGCGUCCUGAGGAAGCCGGUCGUCGCCAAGGAGGCCGCCACGCUCACGCUGAGAGGCGCCAACAGCCUGCUGCUGAACGCCAACUACUCCGAGCCGGCGCUGAAGAUCGCGGACUGGCGCGACCCCCGGUACAAUUACAGCCUGUCCGACGCCGCGAGGGGUAUCCCCGUCUCGUCGUCGAUCAGCGGCGGGGAAAGCGCGAGCUCGGCGACGGGCAAGGACGAGAAGACGAUGCGGAGGAAGAUCACGCUGGGCAAGGACAAGCACAGGCUCCAGAGUAAGACGGAGCGGUACGAGGCGAUCCUCCGGUCGAUCGACCGUGCGGACAUCGCCGACACGGAAGCGCUCGUGCGAUUCGCCAUCCGCAGGCUGCCGAUCGUCACCCGAGAGGCUUGCGACCCCGAGUACAGGCGGCUGCAUCCCUACGCGUGCUACUGCGAGGAGGACUUCCUCGCGUUCAGCGUCGGCAAGCAGCGGGCCCUGGAGUGGCAUCGCGCGAUUACGAUCAGGGGCUAUCUAAGCAGGAAGCUGCGCCAGGACGACCGGCUGUGGAGUGUCAAGGAGAUCCUGGUGUGGGCGAGGUUGCACGGCUACACGCCGAGUCGCAAGAGUGUCCGAGGAGUGUCGGAGGACCUGGACGCGAUGAGCACCGACACCAAGAGACUGCCUGAUCCUUCGGGGGCCUCCGGCACCCCCGUAUCCACUUAUACGAAGCCGCUUGAGUUCCACAGGUGGCUACAGACCUGCCGGCAAGAGUCUAGUCAUCGUCGCUCGACGAGUGACUGCGCCGACGAGAUAGACGUCGAGACCGUCGACGAGAGCCCGUGUCGAGGCCCGGUCGACCGGGGGAAACGCCAAGACGACGAUACCACCGUCGCGUCUUCUGCCACGUUGACGCCGCUCGAGCUCGACGAGAGGCUAGUGCCGUUACACAAGUUCGUGUGCGACACCGCGCAAGAGAUCGGCAUCAAGAUCGCGCCGGAGGAGAUCGUCCCGGGUAUCGUGUGCUGCGCGGCCGGCCGAGCGAUAAUGAGGGUCAUCGAGUGUUUCGUGGAGGACCUGAUCCGGUCGUCGUUGGCGAGAGCUUGGGAGAGAGACGGAGAUAAGGGGUGUCCGACGAUCAUCACACCGGACGACGUCCGCAGUGUCCUCGUCAGUCGGGAGGAGUUCGACAUCUUCACGAACGAAGGCUUGGGCUCGCAACAACAACUGAGUACGACGAAUUGAGUGCGACGGGGUC